CAAGAAUUCACUGGCCUUCUGCUUGGAGUUACAAUAGAAGGAAGAUGUGAAGCUGUGUGGGAUUUAGCUGCAUAGCCAGGCAUCAUCUGAGGGCUCUAUCACCAUGGGAACAGCUCAGUCCAGGAAGGCGAGUGGCUCAAAGAAGGCUAAGUAUAGGUGUCGACUGUUCUUGGAACGUACUCAGCACACAAGGAGACAGAUGGACCUGGAGCUGCAAGAGAUCAAAGCCCAGGCCGAGAAGGACUCGAUGCUAACUCAAACCAGCAUGCAAUUCAUUGAAUGGAUGAACGACAGGGAAGAAUUCUGCAUGAACCUAGAGACUUGGAGACACAUUCAUAUCUCAGAAAAAAAACCUGAUGAAUCGGAAUCUGAGGACUCUGGAUUCGGAAGCAGAGAAAAUUCUGCCUCCACAACCACAAGCACAGCCCGCAUGCAGGCCCUUGAAUGGACAGAAACCGAGAAACUAUUGAGCACAGACCAUGAGUCUCAGAGACAUUUUCGGAUAUCAAAGAAGAAACCUGAUGAAUGGGAACCUGUGAACUCUGGGUUCAGAAGUGAAGGAAGUGUUCCAAAAAUAUAUCAGAACCUUGAAGAAAAUGAUCUUUAUAAGACAGAGACCUUGAAAACAGAGGGCUUGCUCCAAAAUUUCACACAGCUAAUACUCCUACAAAAAUCUUGUCCAAGAGACUGGGAGAGCAUAGUCGGAAAAAGCUGGUAUCAAUGUGUAGCAGAGAAGAGAGGACAUCUGAUUGAGAUCCAAGAUUUAUUUCGCCCAAACCCAGAUACACAGGAAACGCCUCAAUUAGUUGUAUUACAGGGGGCUGCUGGCAUUGGGAAGUCAACACUGGCCAGGCAGGUGAGGAGAGCAUGGGAGGAAGAUCAGCUCUACAGAGAUCGCUUCCAGCAUGUCUUCUACUUCAGCUGCAGAGAGCUGGCCCAGUACAAGCAACUGAGUCUGGCUGAGCUCAUAGAAAAAGACCAGGCUGUGCCCACAAUUCCCACCAUGGAGAUCCUGUCUCACCCUGAGAAGCUGCUCUUCAUCCUAGAUGGCAUAGAUGAGCCAGCUUGGGUCUUGAAAGAUCAGAAUCCUGAGCUGUGUCUGCACUGGAGUCAGACACAGCCUGUGCACACACUUCUGGCCAGUUUGCUGGGGAAAUCUGUCCUGCCUCAGGCUUCCUUGCUGCUCACAGUUCGGACCACAGACCUGAAUAAGAUCAUUCCUUCUUUGGGACAGCCACAUUGGGUGGAAGUCCUGGGCUUCUCUGAGUCUGGGCGGAAGGAAUAUUUCUACAAAUAUUUUUCAGAAAAAGGAGGAGCGAUUAAAGCUUUCAGCUUGGUUUCCUCAGACCCAGUGCUCUCAACACUGUGUGAGGUACCCUGGGUGUCCUGGCUGGUCUGUACUUGUUUGAAGCAGCAGAUGGAACAAGGGGGACAACUCUCACUCACCUCAAAGACCACCACAGCCCUCUGCCUGAAAUACAUUUCCCUGAUUCUCCCAGACCAUGCCCUACUGACCCAGCUCAGAGGGCUCUGCUCACUGGCUGCUGAGGGGAUCUUCAAAAGAAGGACCCUGUUCAGUGAGAGCGAUCUCUGUGAACAAAGGUUAUCUGGUGAUGUCAUUGGCACUUUUCUGAAGAUUGGAAUCCUUCAAAAGCAGCCCAGCUCUCUGAGCUACAGCUUUUCCCACUUGUGUCUCCAGGAGUUCUUUGCAGCAAUGUUCUGCAUCUUGAGGAAUAAGGAGGAGAAACGUGGUGAUAGGAAAAUAUACAGAACUGUGGAAACACUGAUAGAAGUGUAUGGGAGAGAAGACCUGUUUGAGGCACCCACCAUACGCUUCCUGUUUGGCCUGUUGAGUAAACAAAGGGUUAAAGAAAUGGAGAAGAUCUUCAUCACCCGCUUGCCUCUGGACACCGUGUGGGAAAUGCUAUAUAAAGCCAGGGCAUUGCCCGAGCACCUGGAUCUCUGUUCUCUGGGGUUGUUUCACUCUUUUUAUGAGACUCAGAAUGAGGGGUUCCUGACACAGGUGAUGCGCAAUCUUCAAACAAUAAAGGUCUGUAACCCAACAGAUAUGGCUUACCCAGUGUUCCAGACAAAUGUGAACCACCUGGUGGUCCAGACAGACGUGGAGCUCAUGGUGGUCACUUUCUGUAUUAAGUUCUGCCGCCAUGUGAAGAGGCUCCAGCUGAGUGGAUAUGGACAGCAGAGACCAACACUGUUGGCCUCCAGGAUGGUUCUGUCGAGGUGGAUCCCUUUCACAGAUACCAGUUGGCAGAUUCUCUUCUCCACUCUUGAGAUCACAGGAAGCCUGGAGAAGCUGGACCUAAGUGGAAAUCCAAUGAGCUCCUUGACACUGUGGAGACUUUGUAAGACCCUGAGAUGCCCUGGAUGUCACCUAAAGACAUUGUGGCUUGUCAACUGUGGCCUCACAUCCAGCCACUGUGAGGACCUGGCCUCAGUGCUCAGUGCCAGCUCCAACCUGACUGAGCUAGACCUGCAGCUGAAUGACCUGGGAGACAGUGGUGUGAGGCUGCUGUGUGAGGGGCUCAGGAGUCCUGCCUGCAACAUCAGAAUCCUGCGGCUGGACCAGGCCUUUCUCAGUGACCAAGUGAUGAAGGAGCUCUGGGUCCUGAAGGCAGAGAAUCCACGCCUGUUCAUCUCCAGCAUAUGGAAGUCACGUGUACCCACUAAGGACCCAGAUGGAGAAGAAAUGGGUGAGACCCCGAUCUCAACCAAGCAGCAGAGACUACAGGCAGGACACAAACACAUGAAGCCACAGGGGACUGAUGAUGACUUCUGGGGUACCUCAGGGCCUGUGACUGCUGAGGUGAUUGAUGGAGAGAGGAACUCAUAUCGAGUUCAGUUCCCUAUGCCUGGUUCCUACCACUGUCCCAGCACAGGACUCCACUUUGUGGUGACAAGGGCAGUGACCAUUGAGAUUGGAUUCUGUGCCUGGAGCCAACACCUGAACAAGACUCCCUUGCCGGACAGUCACAUGGUGGCUGGGCCUCUGUUUGACAUCAAGACUGAGCGGGGAGCUGUGGCUGCUGUGUACCUGCCUCACUUUGUGGAUCUCCAAGAGGGACAGGUGGACAUCUCCUCGUUCCGUGUGGCCCACUUUCAAGAACAGGGGAUGGUCCUAGAAACUCCAGCCAGAGUGGAACAACAUUAUGCAGUGCUGGAAAACCCAAGCUUCUCCCCAGUGGGAGUUGUAAUGAGAAUGAUUCCUGGUUUUGUACGCUUCAUCCCCAUCACUUCCAUCACACUGAUCUACUAUCACUUCAAUCCCAAGGAUGUGACAUUUCACCUCUACCUGGUCCCCAAUGACUGCACCAUUCGGAAGGCCAUUGAUGAUGAAGAAAUAAAAUUCCGAUUUGUUCGAAUAAACAAGCCACCCCCAGUAGACUCCCUUUAUAUUGGUUCCCGCUACAUCAUAUCUGGUUCCAGGAAGCUGACAAUCAUCCCAAAGGAACUGGAACUGUGCUACCGGAGCCCCGGGGAAUCCCAGCUCUUCUCUGAGAUCUGUGUUGACUGCAUGGGUUCAGGGAUUAAUCUGCAAAUCAAAGACAAGAAGAAUAAGAAACUGAUAUGGGAAGCCUUGCUGAAACCAGGGGAUCUCAGACUUGCACAGCUCAUGAUGCCUGCAGUUCACAAAGACGCUCCUGCCUCAGUACACUUCGUGGACCAGCAUCGGGAGCAGCUGGUGGCCCGAGUGACAUCAGUGGACCCUCUCUUGGACAAGCUGCAUGGUCUGGUGCUGAGGGAAGAGGAAUAUGAGGCAGUGCGGGCUGAAGCCACCACCCAAGACAAGAUGCGGAAGCUGUUCAGCCUCAGCCGGUCCUGGAGCAGGGCCUGCAAAGACCAAGUCUACCGAGCUCUGAAGGAGAUCCAUCCUUCCCUGAUCAUGGACCUCUUUGAGAAGUCAGGUGGAAUCUCUGAGGGCUGAGCACUCUCCUCUGAGUCCUGGCUCUGCUUUGGCUCUCAGUUUCUCUGUUGAUAAACCAGUGGCCACCUGAGUUGCCUUUCUGACGCCACUGUUUCCAGGACAGCUCUUUGUGGACCCAGAAAAGCUUAGGGAAUUAGAGGGGGCAUGGAUUCAGUCCCCCCGGGACUGGCAGAGAGAGUGGCAUUUCAGGCUGUCCGGCCAUGUGGCCACUUACUCACCUCUCCGAAUCCCCUCAGCACAGGAGCAGGGUCUCUUGAAGGGAUCUAAGGAUCUUGCAGACAAAAAGCCAGAGCUCUUGGUGCUCUUGCAUCAAGGAUCAGAGCACUGCUCCCUGCACCCUAAUCAGGCAGCUCACACAUGUGAAUCCAACUCCAUGGGAUCCAACAGACUAUUUUGGACUCCAUUAGCACUGACACACAAGUGCACAUUCAAAUACACAAAUAAUUUCUUAACUUUUAAAAAGAAUGAAAAAAACGUGGGAUUCCUCUCUACUGCUCACCCACCUGUCGCAACGGCACUUGAGGCUUGCAAUGCUGUGUACUGUCCCGAGGGUAUCCCUGCCAGUCUCUUUCCCCAGGCCACCAGGUUUCCCUCUAGAUCAAGCCUCUGCUCCCUACCUGCCCAGCCCAUGGCCAGAGCUGCUAGCCUCGCUUCCCAAUGCCUCCCAUCUUCUCGUCUAGACUCUACAGGUGCAAAGUACAAGCAAUCUGGACAGUGGACACGGGUUUUGUUGCAUCACUCAUAUAAUGGCACAUUUGCAAGGACAGUGCUUAGAGAAUAGAAUAUCUUGGUAUUAAUUUUCCAAGAAAUGUUACGAUGUCUUUUCCGUGCUUGGCAUUUCAAGAUGAGAAGUCUCUGAGGGCUGAGCACUCUCCUCUGAGUCCUGGCUCUGCUUUGGCUCUCAGUUUCUCUGUUGAUAAACCAGUGGCCACCUGAGUUGCCUUUCUGACGCCACUGUUUCCAGGACAGCUCUUUGUGGACCCAGAAAAGCUUAGGGAAUUAGAGGGGGCAUGGAUUCAGUCCCCCCGGGACUGGCAGAGAGAGUGGCAUUUCAGGCUGUCCGGCCAUGUGGCCACUUACUCACCUCUCCGAAUCCCCUCAGCACAGGAGCAGGGUCUCUUGAAGGGAUCUAAGGAUCUUGCAGACAAAAAGCCAGAGCUCUUGGUGCUCUUGCAUCAAGGAUCAGAGCACUGCUCCCUGCACCCUAAUCAGGCAGCUCACACAUGUGAAUCCAACUCCAUGGGAUCCAACAGACUAUUUUGGACUCCAUUAGCACUGACACACAAGUGCACAUUCAAAUACACAAAUAAUUUCUUAACUUUUAAAAAGAAUGAAAAAAACGUGGGAUUCCUCUCUACUGCUCACCCACCUGUCGCAACGGCACUUGAGGCUUGCAAUGCUGUGUACUGUCCCGAGGGUAUCCCUGCCAGUCUCUUUCCCCAGGCCACCAGGUUUCCCUCUAGAUCAAGCCUCUGCUCCCUACCUGCCCAGCCCAUGGCCAGAGCUGCUAGCCUCGCUUCCCAAUGCCUCCCAUCUUCUCGUCUAGACUCUACAGGUGCAAAGUACAAGCAAUCUGGACAGUGGACACGGGUUUUGUUGCAUCACUCAUAUAAUGGCACAUUUGCAAGGACAGUGCUUAGAGAAUAGAAUAUCUUGGUAUUAAUUUUCCAAGAAAUGUUACGAUGUCUUUUCCGUGCUUGGCAUUUCAAGAUGAGAAGUCUCUGAGGGCUGAGCACUCUCCUCUGAGUCCUGGCUCUGCUUUGGCUCUCAGUUUCUCUGUUGAUAAACCAGUGGCCACCUGAGUUGCCUUUCUGACGCCACUGUUUCCAGGACAGCUCUUUGUGGACCCAGAAAAGCUUAGGGAAUUAGAGGGGGCAUGGAUUCAGUCCCCCCGGGACUGGCAGAGAGAGUGGCAUUUCAGGCUGUCCGGCCAUGUGGCCACUUACUCACCUCUCCGAAUCCCCUCAGCACAGGAGCAGGGUCUCUUGAAGGGAUCUAAGGAUCUUGCAGACAAAAAGCCAGAGCUCUUGGUGCUCUUGCAUCAAGGAUCAGAGCACUGCUCCCUGCACCCUAAUCAGGCAGCUCACACAUGUGAAUCCAACUCCAUGGGAUCCAACAGACUAUUUUGGACUCCAUUAGCACUGACACACAAGUGCACAUUCAAAUACACAAAUAAUUUCUUAACUUUUAAAAAGAAUGAAAAAAACGUGGGAUUCCUCUCUACUGCUCACCCACCUGUCGCAACGGCACUUGAGGCUUGCAAUGCUGUGUACUGUCCCGAGGGUAUCCCUGCCAGUCUCUUUCCCCAGGCCACCAGGUUUCCCUCUAGAUCAAGCCUCUGCUCCCUACCUGCCCAGCCCAUGGCCAGAGCUGCUAGCCUCGCUUCCCAAUGCCUCCCAUCUUCUCGUCUAGACUCUACAGGUGCAAAGUACAAGCAAUCUGGACAGUGGACACGGGUUUUGUUGCAUCACUCAUAUAAUGGCACAUUUGCAAGGACAGUGCUUAGAGAAUAGAAUAUCUUGGUAUUAAUUUUCCAAGAAAUGUUACGAUGUCUUUUCCGUGCUUGGCAUUUCAAGAUGUGAUCUGUGCAGCCUGCGUAGCUAUUGUCAGUUUAGUACACACAGUGUGGUGUCACUAAGAGACUCCUGAAUCUGCCGUAAGUUUCAGAUCUUUAAUAAGUCCUAAAGAGACAAUAGAAUUUAGAAAUGGAGGCUUUAAAGAACACUUUCAUCCAACAUGAGCCAGUGACUUGGGAGAGAUAUGCUUUACACAAUGAAAGCAAGGAGUUUCUUGACAAGUUUACACCUUUUGUGUUAUUGAUAAUAAGCAUAAUUGUAACAGGAAACUUCUGAAAAGUGUACUUAAAGAUGGCUAAAGGCUGAUUGUUUUCAAAUGUCCUAAAGUCAGUAGGUUGCAUAAGGGAAAUUUAUAUGACAUUAGGCUGUAAAAUGUCAGUUAUCUACUUAAGUAGCUGUCUGCUGGGGGAACGGAAUUUUUUUCCCUGUAAUACAGGUUAGUGAAUGUUUUCUGUCAAGUUACCAUCUGUGGCUUAUCCAUCAAUAAAAAAGGUGC